AACAACAACAACACGGCGCGUGUCACCGCGGCCAGGAGAGUCGCUAUCUUCGGCGGCACGCACGGGAACGAGAUGUCAGGCGUCGCGCUCGUCAACCUGUGGACGAAGAACGGCGCCGAGAUACAGAGGAAGGGUGUCGAAACCAGACCGUUCCUCGCCAACCCGUGGGCUGUGGAGAAAUGCGUCCGGUACGUGGACACGGACCUGAACCGAGCCUUCACCCCGGAGAACCUCAGUGCACCAGGAGGUGAUGAGCUGCCCUAUGAGGUGCAGAGAGCCCAGGAGAUCAACAAGAUUUUUGGACCCAAAGGAAGCCAAGAGGCUUACGACGUGAUCUUUGACCUCCACAACACCACGUCCAACAUGGGCUGCACUCUGAUCCUGGAGAGCUCCAAAGACAGCUUCAGUCUGCAGAUGAUGAAUUACAUAAAGAAAGCCAUUGCUCCAGCCAGUUGUCUUGUUCUGCUGAAUGAACACCCCCACCUGAAGUACUCCACGUCCCGCUCUGUGGCCAGGCACCCCGUGGGUCUGGAAGUGGGUCCUCAGCCUCAAGGAGUUCUGAGGAGUAACAUCUUUCAGGCGAUGAGAGUGAUUCUGAAACACGCCCUGGACUUCAUCGAGCUGUUUAAUGAAGGCAUGGAGUUUCCUUCCUGCACAGUGGAAGUCUUUCGGGUUUUGGAGAGYAUCGACUACCCCAGAGACGCCAACGGGAACAUCAUCGCCAUGGUCCACCCCAACUUGCAGGACUGUGACUGGGAGCCGCUGAACCCCGGCGACCCAAUGUUCCAAACGUUUGACGGACAGACGGUCCACUACCAAGGCUCCAGCACCGUCUAUCCCACUUUUAUAAACGAGGCGGCUUAUUAUGAGAAACAACAAGCCUUUCUGACCACCAGGCGAGAAACGCUGGCUGCAAACGCCAUCAGCAAGGCAUGAUGCGAGCUCCGUCAGGCGCCUGUGAAUAUUCUAUCCYUGUGUAGAUUUUGCACUUUGCUCAGUCAAACAAAUGAUAAACUCUCUGGACAUAACAACUAAAUAUCCUUUUUUUACACUCUGUUUUAUUUUUCUGAGUUUUACUAUCAGAAAAUCAAUUAACUAUGCAAAAAAAAAAAAAAUUCUGAAGGCUUUGGAAAGAAUCUGUCUUUAAUCUGAAGACUGUUUAAUUAUCGUGGUAAGUAUUUAUGAUACUGUUAUUUUAAAAAAAUAAUUAAUUUACAUUAAAUGAUGAGCUUUUAUAGAAUUAAAGGACAGGUCUGAUCACCGGUGGCUUCGAAGUCAUUCCAAACCCACUCCUCAAGUUUCCUACUUCUUCUCAGGAAGGCCGUAGAAGAUCCUAACCUGCAACCUUUGACCCCAAACUGUUGUCGUGACAUCUUCUGGGGUGUGUUGUGUGGCCUUUGAUACAACCUACCUGCUACUCCAGUGGUGCUGUCCUGUCGUUGCCUUAUUAAGAAGUCCAGAGAAAAAUAAAAAUUUAAUUUGCACGACAAAUUUUUAGAAUUUGUCAGGUUGUGUUUUGAAGAAUAAGAUGUUAUUUUYAUGAYAUAUCGUACGUCCUUUUCCUCGCUCUGUACGCACAAAACGAAUAGUCUAAAACUUGUUUUUGUAAUAACCUAUCCAUCUAUUUUGAUACGUUUGUUUGUCCAAAUCUAAGUGUUGUAUAAAACUUGUUAAAUCAUGGUGAAAUAUCUGUAAAUUCUAACCUUUUGUCUCGUCUCAAAGUAUAUUGUCUUAGAAAUAAGUCCUCCUGUCAGCAAUAUUUCUGUGAGCACCAUUCAUAAGAAAACUGUUCAAGUAAAUUAUUCAAUAAAUAUAAUUUUACUCUGGAAAA